AUGCACAAGCAGAAAUGUUUAGAAUCACGGGGAUUUGUAUACCGUUCAAUUUGGAGCUGUCAAUGGCGCGAGCUCAAGCGGCAGCAGCAGGAGGCGGUCCAGCAGGCACUAAACGAUUUCUGCCAUGUGGCACCAAUGAAUAUCAGAGAUGCGCUUUUCGGUGGGCGGACUGAAGCUUUUCGAUUGUUGGCUCUGCCAGACUCUUCAAAGGGUGAAUAUGUAUCAUACUUGGAUAAAAAUUCUCUGUACCCUGCUGUGUGUAAACAGAAAAGCUACCCGCUGGGUAUUCCGGAAAAGAUACUCAGUAACUUCAAACCAUUAGAAGAGUAUUUUGGGAUUGCCCACGUGCGCAUUUUGCCCCCUGUCAGCUUACAUCUGCCUGUUUUACCCCAGCGGAUCAAUAACAAAUGCUUAUUUACGCUUUGUUGGCGCUGCGCCGAGCUGAACAAUCAGGAUGCCACAUGUGGGCACACUGACGAACAGCGAUGUUUCAAUGGGGUGUAUACAACACCCGAGUUAACACUGGCCAUGUCGUUGGGAUAUACUUUAAUUAAAAUCCAUGAGAUCUGGCAUUAUCCGCGGCAAGGGGAUCUUUUUUCCCAUUAUAUCAGUACAUUUAUGGCCGAGAAAGCGGCUGCCAGCGGUUACCCUGCCGGGUGCAUCAGUGACAGUGACAAAAGAGCCUAUCUGCAGCUGCUGUACGAUCGCGAUGGUGUAGUGGUUGAUCCGUCCCGCAUGGAAAAUAAUCCCACUAAGCGCUUGCUUUCCAAGCUCAUGCUUAAUACGCUCUGGGGACGUCUGGCAAUUAAGGAAAAUAAAACACGAUUCGAAUAUGUGAAAGAUAUGAAACGAUUUAAUGAUCUCUUCUAUUCCGGUACUUACAACGUUUCUUACGUAGACGUUCUGAGCGAUGACGUUCUGCAAGUGCAAAGUAGUUUUACUUGCGAUGUUGACGGAUCAGAUCUGCAUGCGAAUGUAGUCAUUGCGAGCUUUGUGACUAGUUAUGCGCGCCUCGAAUUGUACGCAGGAAUGGCGUAUGUGGGAAUAGAACGGCUGCUGUAUGUCGACACUGAUUGCGUAAUUGCUUUAGAGGGACAAAACUUGAAGAGCCUACCUGUUGGCGAGUGUUUGGGAGAAUUUAAGUCGGAGAUUGGUGAAGACCAAAUUAUUGUGUUUGUCUGCGGAGGUCCUAAAAUGUAUGCCUAUCGAACGAGCAAAGGUUCUGAAGUAUUUAAAUUGAAAGGAAUCAGCAUAAAUCAGGGUAAUAAAGAUUUGUUUACCGUGGACACGCUUGAGAAAAUGGUGCGAGAUCCCAGACUGGUUAAGCAUUCCGUGAACCCAUACAAGAUAUUCCGGAUUAAAGGAAAAUGGCAGUUAAAAUCCAGUGAACAACGCAAAGUUAUUCGUUUCACUUUUGACAAGCGCAGAAUCUUAGAAGACUUUCGAACGGUGCCUUUUGGCUACCAUCCGUCAGCAGAAGUAUAA